AUGUGGGAACAGCUCACGGAUGCAGCUCGUGCAGCUUUGAACAGCAGCGAUAACUUUGGAAGGGCUGAGGUUCCGUUCAGUGAUGAAAAAUCGAAGACCAUCUCGAUGAGGCGUCAACAUGCUACUGCAGUGACUGGAUACCAAAGACAAAGCAAUGCUUUUUAUCGGCGUUAG